AUGGAAGAUCGCACCGACGCACCCAAAUAUCUGGAUACUGAAAGAUCUCCUCUAUCGCCCCUCAGUAAUCUAAAAGCAAUCGACUCAUCCAACAAGAUUCUUUCACCAAUAUCCAAUAUCAUAAACGAUGGAAAUGUGCAGCAAACUCCCCUUGUCUCAUCUUGUACUUCUAAUACUGGAAGCGAGCCAUCAAAUCCCACAGAAAACACCAUAAAUUCCGCGGGAGAACCCUCACCUCCUCAUCUCGAAAAAGAAUUCCACCCACUCGAGAAAAACAAAAACAGGUCAUUCAAUCCACCUCCACCAUCUCUAAACUCCCCUCCCCACAAUCCCAGUUCCACAGCUCCAAGCCCCGCAGAACUAAACUCUGACUCUGCGUCUCAAACCCCUAGCGAACAUAGUUCCGGCUCAGACGCGGCUUUUUACUGUAGUGUAGGGUCUCCGAGCGAGGAUGAAGAAGAUGGAUUGAGUAAUUCUUUGGAUUUAAGGGUGGAGCAGGAGGGAGAAGGAGAGUCUGAGAUAACGAAAAGGACUUUACGGGAAGCUGUGUCUACGUCUAGGACUGAUGGUGGGGGUACGGGAGUAGAUGAUGAAGAAAAGGACGAAGAGGAGGAGGAGGAAGAGGAAAAUGAGAUUCUUAACAAGAGUAGUAAAAGGAGGAAAUCGAAGAAAAGAUUCACGUUUUUGAAGCGAAUCUUUCGUCGGAAGAAAGGGAUGGAUAGUGAUGAAGGUGCUGCUGGGAAUAGUUGA